UAUGUAUAUUUUCCUUUCACAGUCACAGUCACAGUCACAGUCACAUAUAGAAGAUACAUAACACACACACACACACAUGGCUAGCACUCUUGCUGCUUUGCUGGUACUUCUUUUCUCUCUUCUGCUUCUCCAUGGAAGUGAAGCUGAUGAUCAACAAUAUUUGAUCAGUACUGAGACGAUGAACUACAGUGUUGGAGCACCAACACCGAGCCCCUUACCCCACCCCAUAGAUUGUGGAGCGGAGUGUGGGAGAAGGUGCUCGGAAACAAAGAGGCCGAAUCUGUGUAAAAGGGCAUGUGGGAGUUGCUGUAAGAAGUGUAGUUGUGUUCCUCCGGGCACAUCUGGCAACCUUGACGCUUGUCAUUGUUAUGCUAACCUUACAACCCACGAAGGCGUUCAUAAAUGUCCCUGAACUAAUCUAUACAAAUACCUAUAUAUAUAUAUAUCUAUAUAUAUUGGAAGGUGAUUAAUUAUUUCUUUCGGGGAAAUGUAAAAUGAAAAAGUUUCCAGUGAGCA